AAUGCAAUUUUACUUCUUCCGAAAUGUUUUUCAUUUUUCUUCAACUCGCGAAAUUUUAAUUUAACGGCGUUUAUUUUAAACUAAUUAAGUAAUUAUCGUAUCGGUGUGCGUUUAAUAAUCGUCUCGUUACUCUCGUUGAAGUUCCCAACUCGAUAUUCGCCAUUUAUUGUAUAUUACUUGCGUACGACGAGUGUGUUUAUAACUCUCCAUGGCACUAAAUCCAGCCUACGAAACUAUCGGCAAAUCAUUCGUUGAACAAUAUUACUUAUUGUUCGAUGAUGUUAACCAGAGACCAAAUUUAGCCAAUCUGUACAAUGCUGAAACCUCGUUCAUGUCAUUUGAAGGGAUUCAAUUACAAGGAGCUCAAAAAAUAAUGGAAAAAUUAAACAGCUUAGGAUUUCAAAAAAUAGCCAGGCAAAUAUCAGCUAUCGAUUCUCAACCCAUGUUCGACGGUGGCAUACUCAUUAACGUAUUUGGACGCUUGAAGACUGAUGAAGAUCCACCUCACGCUUAUAGUCAAGUAUUCGUUUUGAAACCGAUCGGAAACAGUUUUUAUUUACAACACGAUGUGUUCAGACUGAUCAUACACGACAGUGCUUAAUCGCAGAGCAAACUACUUUCGUCUUAUUUAUUGUUUUAAUUCAGUUUGUUGGAACAUUGUUGAAGAAAAAGAAACGAAUAAUGGAAUGUACAUUGUACAGUAAUAUGUAUUUUUUUUUCCUACGAUCGCAUAUGUUUUGAAAGUUACAACGUUUUACUAUAUUUUAGUGUAUAUAUUUUAUAAUUUUGAAAAUACUAUUAUUCUUGAAAUACAUCCGAGGCAUGUUUUAUAUAAAUACCCUAUAACACUACUACAUUCUAGUAUAUUUUUACACCACUAAUCACAGAAACGAAUGUAUAAAAUAAAUACUACAUACGAAAACG